UCAUUUCCGUCGGGUGACGGUGCGGACGGGUCAGGAGCGUAGUGGCGGCGGCAAAAUGGCGGCGCCUGAGGAGCGGGAUCUAACUCAGGAGCAGACCGAGAAGCUGCUGCAGUUUCAGGAUCUGACUGGUAUAGAAUCUAUGGAUCAAUGUCGACAUACCCUGGAACAACAUAACUGGAACAUAGAGGCUGCUGUGCAGGACAGACUGAAUGAGCAAGAGGGUGUGCCGAGUGUGUUCAAUCCACCUCCUUCUCGACCCCUACAGGUCAAUACAGCUGAUCACAGGAUCUACAGCUAUGUUGUCUCAAGACCACAACCAAGGGGGCUGCUCGGAUGGGGUUAUUACUUGAUAAUGCUUCCAUUCCGGUUUACCUAUUACACGAUACUUGAUAUAUUUAGGUUUGCUCUGCGUUUCAUACGGCCUGACCCUCGCAGCCGGGUCACAGACCCUGUUGGGGACAUUGUUUCAUUUAUGCACUCUUUUGAAGAGAAAUAUGGGAGGGCACACCCUGUCUUCUACCAGGGAACGUACAGCCAGGCACUUAACGAUGCCAAGCGGGAGCUUCGCUUUCUUUUGGUUUAUCUUCAUGGGGACGACCACCAGGACUCGGAUGAGUUUUGUCGCAAUACACUCUGUGCCCCUGAUGUCAUCUCACUCAUAAACAGUAGGAUGCUCUUCUGGGCGUGUUCUACAAACAAACCUGAGGGGUACAGGGUCUCACAGGCUUUACGAGAGAAUACCUAUCCAUUCCUGGCCAUGAUUAUGCUGAAGGAUCGGCGGAUGACUGUAGUGGGACGACUAGAAGGUCUCAUUCAACCCGAUGACCUCAUUAACCAGCUGACAUUUAUUAUGGAUGCAAACCAGACUUACCUGGUGUCAGAACGCCUAGAAAGAGAAGAAAGGAAUCAGACUCAAGUGCUGAGACAGCAACAGGAUGAGGCCUACCUGGCCUCUCUGAGAGCCGACCAGGAGAAGGAGAGGAAGAAGCGUGAGGAGCGAGAGCGCAAGCGGAGGAAGGAGGAGGAGGUGCAGCAACAGAAGCUGGCCGAGGAGAGGCGGCGUCAGAACUUACAGGAGGAAAAGGAAAGGAAGUUGGAACGCCUGCCUCCUGAGCCUUCCCCUGAUGACCCUGAAAGUGUCAAGAUCAUUUUCAAAUUACCUAAUGAUUCUCGAGUAGAGAGGCGAUUCCACUUUUCACAGUCUCUAACGGUAAUCCAUGACUUCUUAUUCUCCUUGAAGGAAAGCCCUGAAAAGUUUCAGAUUGAAGCCAAUUUUCCAAGGCGGGUACUGCCCUGUGUCCCUUCAGAGGAAUGGCCCAACCCCCCCACACUGCAGGAGGCAGGACUCAGCCACACAGAAGUUCUUUUUGUUCAGGACCUAACAGACGAAUGACACUUUUUCUUCCUUUCCCCUCCUGCCCUAAUCCCUAAAAGAAAUGGAAAACAAAAACAGAUAAAAAAAAAAAGAGAGAGAGAUAAAUUCAUAUUAUUAUUAUAAUACAAUAUUUUUUUUAAAAGACUGCUGCAUCCUAAGGAAGGAUCAGAAACCAUGCUGCCUGCAAGAGUCACAGCCUGUGUGUACGUGCGCGCAGGGUUAGCAGUGAACGUACCUGCUCGGCAAGCCCUCCUUUCCCACAGCCUCUGUCACACACCUUCCAGCCAGCCGAGACUCUUCAUCUCCAACCCGUCCACUGUCCCGAGUGGGAGAUGGGACAUUCCCACUACUUCAUUUACUCUUGCUUUUAUAGAAAAUAAAAGUGAAAAACCUCCAUCAACCAGCUACAGCAGCAUCUCCUAAGGACCUGCUUCUUCCACCUCUGGAGGAAGAGGAAGCAGAGAACAGAGAUGUUCUCUGAACCACAGUUUAAGAAUAACUAAUUGUUUUUCUUGCUUUGUAAUGACCAAAGGAGUGAGGCUGAUAAUAGGUGUAUUUUUUCCUUUAUUUUAUUUGAUAAAGAACCAACGCCCCGGGCUCCUUGGCCCACACAGUGUAAUAAAGGUGCCCCGGGCUAGUCUGUGCUUAUUUCUGCCAUUGCCCCUCUCAUGUUCCUAAGGGGGUCAUUCAUUUUGGUCCAAUUUUUGCUGUCUAUUCUUGUCACCUGUGAGCCCCACUUGGAAGAGUGGGAAGACACGUGUGUACAGGUUAUACUCGUAUAUUGGUGUGCAGUUAUUUACACCCUCAUCUCUUCCUUGAAAUCUCCCAGGCAGUGGUGAAGGGUCUGAACCAAAGGAUAGCAGUUCUUCAUUCCUCUUGUAAUGCGCGUGCUGUUUUUCCAGCUUUCUGAAUUCUGAAUUGCCUUUGCAAGGGACUAGCAGGGUCCAUCGGGGAGCUUGGCAAGGUCUACCUGCAGAUGCCCUGCCAGUCUCUGUGGAAGGGUGGUAGUGGUAUUUUAAGGAUAGAAACAGAAGCCGUGAAACAAGGUAAGAUUCCCAACCUGUGUACGUUGUUGGAAGGCACUUUCUCACUUUUUUUUUUUUUUUUUUGCCAGGGGCAGUUUUUUGUCUUCCCUCUUAAUGUGCGCUUUUUUUUAGUUUUGGUUUUGGUUUUGGUUUUUUGAGGUAGGGUUUCACUCUAGUCCAGGCUGUCCUGGAAUUCACUAUGUAGUCUCAGGGUGGUCUUGAACUCACUGUGAUCCUCCUACCUCUGCCUCCCAAGUGCUGGGAUUAAAGGCGUGUACUACCAUGUCCGGCUCUCUAUGCUUUUUGGUUUUUAACUCAAUGUUUUAUCUGAGGUUGAGUUUACAGUAAUAGAUCACUUGAGUCUUAGCAAAUGCCAGUGCGCACUGACAAAAUUCCAGAAUGUGGACUUGUAACAUGCAGCCCUCUGAAGUUAGCGUAGUUUCUAGCGUGCUGUAAAUGCGGGUCAUCCAUUCCAGUUAAAGCUUAACUUGCAAAGUUUGUCACCUCCAAAAGUCUCUUAUUUAGCUAAACCUAACAGCCCUCCUUUCAGUAGUAGUACUACACUUGCUCUCUGCAGCCCUGUCUUGUUGGAGGGUACGGUUCCUGGAAGUCACUUGGGAAGCUGGAGAAUUUCCCAGUGGCCUGAGCACAGGGUCGUCAGCACCUCUAGGACAGCUCUGUAUUUGCCUGCUUUCCAUUCCAUACUUCAUUUGGUUCCUGCUAUUCAAAGUGUCAUGUGUGAAACCACGCCUGACUUGUCAUAAAAUGGGUCUAGAGUGAACAAACACCAGGUCACCUGUUCUCCACUCAACCUUAGUUGAAGUCCACAUCUCACUGACAACCAUGCAGCCGCAUGUUUUUCCUUAGAGCCUCCCUCCCUGUUCUCAAUUCACAUUGCUCUGGCAGCACACAGAAGUGUUUCAGGACCUUCGUUAGGCUGGGUAGGUAAUGGUCUCAUAUCUACUUGGGGAAGUUUUGACUUUUCCCCCUUCAUAAUCCCUGUAAUUCGUGCUUGACACCUCUUGCCUUUGGUAACUGCAAUGGAUGUUAAGAUAAGGUCAGUGCAUCUUUUGGGACACAUUGUCCAUUUACUGGAGGCUUGAGAAGUACAUGCCCCUCUUUAGUCUACUUUCCCCACCCCCCAUUUUUUAGAGACAGGUUCUCUUGUCACCCACACUGGCCUCAAACCUGCUAUGUGUCCAAGGCUGGCCUUGAACCAGUGAUCCUCCUGCCUCCAACUCCCAAGUGCUAAGAGUACAGGCUGCACCAUGAUGCCAGGCUUCCUGGUUUAUUGAAACCAUUCUGCUUUGCUUAGCCCCUGUGCCUGUCUUCUUGACCCUAUUGCUGCUGCCUGGGUGCCAUUUCCCUCCCUCCUAGGUAAAACAGAGGCUACACAUUAAUCACUUAAUGGCAGCACAACCUGCGUUACUCCCAAAGACCUCCAUGAGUGUGAUGGGACCUGGCAAGGAAGAAGCAGCACUGGGGAGCAGUGACCCGCAGCAUCUGCUCUGGUUUCCAGCUUGCCUUUGGAAUGCUCCGGCGGCUGUUUCCACGGGGCAUGUCAUCCACCGUAAGAACACCCGCUCCAAGUUUUGUUUUCAUGUUCCCAAACUGAAGCUGUAGAUUCAGCUGAAUAACGUGGGGAAUGACCAAGCAAAGGUACCCAACUGGGUUCAGCUGGAUUGUUACAGCUUCAGUGGGUCCCUUCUCACCUUCCGCUGCUGCAGAAUUCCCUGCAGCAAAUACUUCUCCUUGGUUGCCUCCAUCACGGGGCUCAGAGAAGAGAUGGCAGGAGGAGAAUCUCUCUUAAAAAGCUUAAAACAAUCCUAGAAUCUUCAACUGAGCAGUUAUUAUGAAAAUUGCUACUGGUGCCAAGGCCAAGGAAGGAAUUUCAGAAGAGAACUGAGGAGUGACAUCCCCAGAGUGCAGUCGGGAGUACUAUCGCCUGGUGCUUGAACAAGGAGCUCCACCUUACAACUGUCUUUCUUCUUAGGACUUGUGAGGAAUGCAGCAACAGAAAGUCCAUCCACACAGGAUGUAGUACCCCGACUUGUACUGCACCCUGAAUAGUUUAACGUGAUAGUUGCCUAAAGAAAUCUAGUGUACUUCAAAUUUUUUUCAUAAAGGUUUACAUUGUAUUGUAGGUUAACAUUAAACGUUUUAUAACAAAA